CAACACUUCAUUCACCUUUUUGCACCCCAUAGACCUAAGCCAUCAUCUGCGAUUAAUGACCAUUCCUGUCACUCGUUCGAGCCUUUGAUACAAUCGAUCCUUGUUCUAGCAAUUCUGCGGUUGUCGACACCUUCUGUACCUAAUUGCAAGUGCGCUUCUGCGUAUCCUUGGUACACCUCAACCUCCCGGACACAGCCUCCUUCGGAUAAUGCGUUGCUGAAACCACUCCAGCACUCGCAGUCAUCGACAUGACAUUUACGCUGUUCACCUAGACGCAACCUUGCGCUCUGGCCCUUAGUUCAUCUCACUGCUACUGCCGAUGUCUUCUCGCGAUAGAACGCCGCCGAAAACGGCCGGUCGCCAGUCUAUCCCCCUUCAAGAUCUUUCAAGACCUCCUGAUGAUACAUUCGCUGGUUCGAAUGGGAUACCAGGAUCCGGAGGGAGAUCAAGUAGCCACUUCCAUCGACAUAGUCGCACUCGCUCCCUUCUUGCCGGUCGCCGGACUCCCACUUAUUCGCGCUUAGAUGAAGAGUCACCCACAAGAGGAGGGAGUGGAUGGGCGCGCCCCGGCGUCGGCGCACAUAGACAUGACGAUAAUGACUCUCCGGUAGAAAACAUGGAGGGGUUUGCAGCAGCGACGGUUGGCUUGGAUCUCAAUCUACCAUCUACACCCCAGAGUGCGAGCGCGAGGAGGCCAACCAUCAUCACCACUCCGGCCGAUGGAGAUCAUCUCGAACCAGAUGGCUUGUUCUCGCCCCCGGAUACCGACACGACACCGUUGACCGAAGAACGUGGAUACACAUCUUCGCUGAAGGCAUCUGGCUCGUUUUCCCGAGGACAGAGACACGAUAGACAAGGAAAACUGUCAAGCGUGCACUGGACAGAUGGAGAAUCUCCCUCCAUCUCUCGUGGUCGGGGAUCCAGGCUUGGGGACGAUCUGCCCACCCUCAAUACAAGCACAGUCUUGCAUCGAAAAUUGAGUACCGGUAGCGGCAUAGCCCGUCUAACGCCCGAACGAGCAGAGUCCGGCGAGAGAUCCCGCUCACAGUCACCAUCUCCUUCACCCAUGGCAAGAGCGAACUCGAUGUUGCGCGAGAUAUCUCAGCGUGUUGUCAAUCUGAGUAACGACUCAGACAUGGUGGACCAAAAACUACGCCGAAAGUCAUCUGUACGAGAUCAGAGGCGACCAAGUACGUCAGCUCCUAUUGAACCGCCAAUCGCCGAUGAGGAAGAAGCAUCAGGAGGCCCUUCGCCACUGGAGAAACUUCCCUCAGUUGAAGCAUCACCUGCACCGUUUAUGCCUGUCCAUUACCCAAACCCUCUUCUAGGCAAGUCGUGGGGCAUGUUUGGACCCGAGAAUCGACUACGGAAAUGGCUGCUAGAGAUUCUUGUCCACCCGCUCACGGAACCUCUGAUCUUGGUAUUGAUCAUUACUCAAACGGUCCUGCUUGCAGUGAAUGCUGCCGGCGAUGCCGUCUAUCUACAAACAAGAACUAAACGAUGGGGGACGAGCUUCGAUUAUGCCAUAUUCGGCCUCUUCAUCAUCUACACUUUGGAACUGGUCGCCCGUACCAUAGUCUCAGGGUUCAUCUCAAACCCGCGCGAACAUAGCACGAUCAAUCGAGACUUAGGGCUCAAGAGAGCGGUGCUGCAGAAGGCCCACACACUCUUUGCUGGCCAACGAUUACAAGAUAUGCCACCUGCAAAGAGCGAUACUCCCAACCCUUCCAUCGUACGAACCUUCACUGGCGUCCCGGCGCCUGGCGCUCCCGGUCAUGGCAAACAUCAACAGAGGGUGCGCCUGGCUCGACGCGCCUUUCUCAGACAUUCUUUCAACCGGCUCGACUUUGUGGCCGUUGUCUCCUACUGGAUUUCUUUUGCCAUGCAGAUGACGCUGGUAGAGAGCAACACCCACGUCUAUGUCUUCAACAUGUUGAGCUGUUUACGAAUUCUACGCUUGCUGGGCUUGACAGCAGGAACCUCGGUCAUUCUUCGUAGUCUGAAGAAGGCCGCCCCCCUUCUAGUCCAUGUUGCAUUUCUGAUCGGCUUUUUCUGGCUCAUUUUUGGUAUUGUUGGUGUCCAAAGCUUCAAGUCAAGUCUUCGACGGACCUGCGUCUGGGUCGGCGACGAUGGCUCAGGGCAAAAUUAUACGCUCAAUGUUGCUCCUGAGAACAUCCAAUUCUGCGGAGGCUAUCUCGACGCGGUCACAGCAGAACCUAGACCAUGGCUGAAACUCGACGGCCAAAAUGGUACAGGCAGUCCCAAAGGGUUUCUCUGCCCACAAAAUUCGCUUUGUGUGGAGGGCUCUCAGAGCCCCUACAACGGUACUGUCAGCUUCGACAACAUCGUUCAAUCCCUGGAGCUUGUGUUCGUGAUCAUCAGUUCCAAUACCUUCUCUGAUCUGCUAUAUUACCUUACCGAUUCCGAUUACCUGGCGGCAGCACUUUUCUUCGCUGCCGGUAUUGUCGUCCUUAGUUUGUGGAUGGUCAACUUGCUGGUGGCAGUCAUUACCUCCUCUUUCCAAAUCAUUCGCGAAGAGAGCAGGCAAAGUGCAUUCACGGCGGACAACAUUGACCAACCGGUGCUUGCAGACGAUCCAAUGACGAGACGAAGCCAAUUGAAGAAGUUCUUUGAUAAAACUCAUGUGUUAUGGGUUCUUGUCAUUGUCUACGAUCUGAUCGUGCAAAGCUUGCGCAGUGCCUACAUGAGCGAUUCUCGUGAACAAUUCAUUAUGAAUUCCGAGACGAUCGUCACACUGCUCCUCCUUGUUGAAAUCAUUCUUCGAUUCCUCUGUGACUGGCGGAAUUUCUUUCGGGGCAAACGGAAUUGCUUCGAUCUUCUCCUUGCUGUUGUCACUUCCGUCAUGCAGAUCCCAGCAAUCCGACAUUCGGGCAAGCCAUAUGCGUGGCUCACAGCUUUUCAGAUUGCUCGUGGUUAUCGAGUUGUAUUGGCCGUCAGAGUUACCAGAGAAUUGGUGAUGCUUGUGUUUACCAAUAUCGGCGGUUUACUCAACCUGAUACUUUUCGUCUUUUUGUUCACCUUCCUGGCGGCCAUUCUCGCCUCCCAAUUGCUGAGGGGAGACAUUCCUGCCGUGGAUAAUGGUGGAGACACCAUUCAAGUGACCUUCUUCGACAUCUGGAAUUCAUUUCUCGGCAUGUACCAGGUUUUUUCAAGCGAAAACUGGACGUCUCUCAUGUAUAACGCCACUGAAUACAAUCUCAUAUGGGAUACAGCAUGGUUGAGUGCGCUGUUUUUUAUUCUCUGGUUCAUCAUCUCCAACUUGAUCGUGCUCAACAUGUUUAUUGCUGUAAUCCAAGAAAGUUUCGAUGUGUCGGAGGACGAGAAAAGAUUACAGCAGGUGAAGGCUUUCCUUACGCAGAAAGAAAUUAGUGGUUCGGCCACUGGUAAUUUGUCACUUGCUGCAGUUUUCAAGAUGGGACGAGAUUCACUCAGACAUCGCGAUGCGUUGGAGUAUGGCUCAGCAACUGUUGAGCAGCUGUUGAAGGAAGCUGUCGUCAAAGAUUUCUUGGAUGAACAACAGGAAGGACUAUCGAAGCGACCACAGUCAAUGCAUGUGCCUGAUGCUGGUGCAGUCAAGCCAGGCCUCCUGUCAAAGUAUUGGGGCAAGUUGGUUGGCCUCAACAAGCACCAUGAACCAAAUCCCUUCUAUUCCAAUGCUACAAUCACACGGGCCAAUGAGGAGUUCGACCCACGAGCAGCUGCAAAAAGAGUCGUCCUGACCACUGAAAACCGUCGGCGUGCUCAGCGUCAAUAUUUGCAGAAGCACCCGAAGUACAAUGUGUCGCUCUUUAUUUUCAAACCCAACAACCCAAUCCGGAAGCUUUGUCAAUACCUAGUCGGGCCUGGACGAGGAUCAGAACGAGUGGAAGGUGUGUCGCCAUACAGACCUGCCUGGUAUACCUUCUCUGCCUUCAUUUAUGCUGCCAUAGUUGCAAUGGUGAUCCUGGCUUGCAUCACGACGCCGUUAUAUCAACGCGAUUACUUCCUGGACCACGAUGUGAAUUUCACUAAUUGGUUUGUUUGGACCGAUUUGGGCUUCGCCGCUCUCUUCACUGCUGAAGCAGUCAUAAAGGCCAUUGCCGAUGGGCUCUUUUUUACACCGCAUGCCUACUUCAGAAGCGUCUGGGGUUUCAUCGAUGGUGUGGUCUUGAUCACGCUCUGGAUCAAUGUGAUCACCACGAUGUAUCGUGACGAUGGCGUCUCUCGAGCAGUCGGCGCCUUCAAAGCUUUGAGAGCCUUGAGACUGCUCAACAUCAGUGACACUGCCCGAGAAACGUUCUAUUCGGUCAUCAUCGUCGGCGGAUACAAACUCAUUGCGGCGGCAUUCGUGUCGAUGAGUCUCCUGAUCCCGUUCGCCAUCCUUGGUGUCAACCUAUUCAACGGAGAGAUGAAAUCAUGCAACGACGGCGAUUUCGGUUUCGAAUUGUUGAGCAAUUGUGUUGGCGAAUUUAAUUCUACGCCCUUCAAUUGGCCGGUGUUGGCUCCUAGGCAAGUGGCAAAUCCAUGGUACUCUUUCGACGAUUUCGGCAGCGCCUUGUUCAUCCUUUUCCAGAUUGUCUCUCAGGAAGGAUGGAUCAAUGUUAUGUGGUCUGGGACGAGCAUCACUGGGAAGGGAUUGCAGCCUCGCGCUUUUGCAUCCCAGGGGAAUGCUGUCUACUUCAUUAUCUUCAAUCUGUUGGGAGCCGUCUUCGUGUUGACGCUGUUCAUUUCAGUCUUCAUGCGCAAUUACACCGAGCAAACUGGAGUCGCCUUUUUGACCGCCGAACAACGUUCCUGGCUCGAAUUGCGCAAGCUUUUGCGUCAAAUCUCACCCUCCAAACGGUCUAUCGGAGCAAAGACGACGCGUCUAAGAAAGCUGUGCUAUGACUUAUCAAUUAAGAAACGAGGGAAAUGGCAACGCUUCAUUACCGUCAUACUUGUUCUUCAUCUGAUUCUUCUCACCGUUGACUACUACCCAGAGCCAGCUUGGUGGGAAACGUUACGAGAAGCUAUAUUCCUGGCCUUUGCCAUCAUACUCAUCACCAAUGUUGUCAUCAGAAUCAUCGGGCUAUCCUGGCAUCGGUUCAGAAGAAGCUCUUGGGAUGUAUACUCGAUUUUUGCUCUCUCAGGAAUUCUGGUCACUUCUCUUAUGAGGCUGUCCAAUGUCACCGCAGGGAGUUUUGAACAGAUACACAAGCUCUUUUUAGUUUCGGUCACCUUUCUCCUUAUCCCACGAAACAACCAGCUCGACCAGUUAUUCAAAACCGCUGCGGCAUCGCUGCCACUAAUUGCCAAUCUUCUUGCGACAUGGUUUGUGCUGUUCUUGGUGUAUGCGAUCGCUUUCACGCAAGCCUUCGCCUUGACCCGGUUUGGGCAGAACGAAAACAACAAUGUCAAUUUCCGCACCGUGCCCAAAGCUUUGGUACUUCUUUUCAGAACCAGCAUUGGCGAAGGAUGGAACCAAGUCAUGGAGGACUUCGCCGGGAUCGAGCCACCUUUCUGUGUACAAGGAGAUAGUUUCUUCUCGAGUGACUGUGGGAGUUCGGCCUGGGCAAGGACCCUGUUCAUCUCUUGGAACAUCAUCAGCAUGUACCUGUUCGUAUCUUUGUUCGUUUCGUUGAUCUUCGAAAGCUUCUCCUACGUCUACCAGCAGAGCAGCGGCAUGUCUAUUGUGAGCCGCGAUGAGAUCAGACGUUUCAAACAAGCCUGGGCAGAUUUUGACCCGAACGGGACGGGGUUUAUCUCCAAGGAACAGUUCCCUCGUCUCCUGGGGGAACUCUCCGGUGUUUUCUCGAUGCGCAUCUACGACGGCGACUUUUCCGUGCACCGUAUCAAAGAGGAUUGCUCUUUCCAACCCGGAGACCCCGUCGCGCCGGAUUCGAGGAUAUUUGAGGGAAUGGACCUGACCAGAUUAGCGGAGAGAGUCAGCCAAAUACCGGUCGAGGAAAUCCGAAAACGAAGGGAACGAAUGAAUGUGUUUUAUGAAGAAGCCUUGCUUACAGCGGAUCCGGAUCGCGGAAUCCCUUUUACAGCGUGCCUCUUUUUACUUACCCAUUACAACGUCAUUACGGAUUCGCGAAGCUUGCGGCUGGAAGAAUUCUUACGCCGGAGAGCACGGUUGCAGAGAGUCCAAGAAACCAUACGACGCAAUACUGUGGUUGGCUUCUUUGACACUGUUUACUGGUCACGAGAAUUCAGGAGAGCUGUCGAACGGCGACGGGACUCACGACUGACUGCGCCUCCUAGCAUUCCUGUGCCGGAGAUUUUCAUCGAGAAUCCGGAUGAUAAUCUUGAGAGCAGCAGUAGCACUGAACCACGAGAUUUUACGACAUCAACACCAUCAUACACACCGAAAAAGCCACCGACACAUCUUCCACCCAUCAACACAUCAUUCCAGCUUGGGGACUCGCUCCAGAGCCCAUCAAGACUCAGUUUUGACGAGUCUCCAAGAGCCAGCCCGACUAGAGCGAGACUCGGGUCUGUGGAUACGUCGUAUCAUGGCGCACAUAGAUCGUCGCCUACAACGCCAACAUUGAGCCACAGCCGCCACGGUAGCACGGCUAGUGGAAUGGGCGGGCAAGGCGUCAUGGAGGAUUUUGAUGCAUCAGCAUGGGGAGAGAGUCUACGACGGAGUUUUACGACGAGAAGGCCGCGGGACGACCGCGAUUGAUCCAAGAAGUAUAUACGACGAGGAAUGACGAUUGACACGACACUGUUUGUACAUAUUUUGGAAUGGCUGCGCCCGAUGAGAGGCGGAUAUUGAACAUAGCGAGGGCGUUUUGUAAGACCACAUCAAGACUGGUUGAAAAAGUGAGGGCCGGAUGGGCGACAUGUGUGUAUAUGUGCAUUUGCUAUUUAAAGGCACCCUCGGGUCUUUUAUACGUUUAAUCUUGAAGAUGAAGUGGCCGUUGAAGCCAAUAAUGAAGAAAAAAUUAUUUCAUCAUCUGACGAAAAA